AUGUUAAUGACAAAUAAGGAAGUAGAACCUUCAAAUUUGGAACGUUUAUCGCUAGAGGUGUUGAGAGUUGUUUGUAAAGGAAUGGGUGUGUCAGAUUUUGAACCAAAGAAGGAAGUCAUGGCUAGGUUGGCAAGAGAAAGUAGGGCACAGUUGGGUCUUUUAAGAGCUGGUGAUAGGCCGCAACAGUUAAGAGCAGCAGUCAAAAAUUCUUAUAACACUUUUGGAAGGCAGUCUGUUUUGGGCCUGGAUUUGGCUCAAACUGUUUUUAAAAGGGCUUCAAAGACUUUGCUAGACAAGGCCUUGGUCUCUGUGGACAUAGCCUUUGUUCAUUUGGCGAGACAGAUCAUUUUGGAAAGAGCUUAUGUUGUGAGAGUAGUAGAUGAAGAUGUAUUUUACGAAGCCCAAAAAGAUGAGAUCAUUGUAUCAGCCUCAGUUGGAGUAGUUCCAGAUACAGGCUCUGUUUUCUAUAUGAGCAGUAUUCUCAUGAUGCAAUUUGAAAAGAUUGAAGUGAAAUGGCCAAAGGACUCUCUUCCAGUGGCAGUGAUUGAGAGGUAUAUUGACUGCCCUCCGCCCGGAGUCAGUAUGAUGUUGUGGGCAUGGGAUUUAGCUUUGGUUGCAUUGAGUUUAAAGGUUAUGCGUAGACUGGAUGAGUUGUGCAACUUAAAAAGGUCAGAUGUUACUGAGAAGGAUGGAAAAUUGUGGAUUAGAGUUGCGAAAUCAAAAACGGAUCAAUUAGGGAGAGGCAAGUUUAUCACAGUUGAGACCAAGUACAUCACCAAAGAAGCUACUAUUCCUGUCUAG